AUGUUUUUAUUAUACACGGAACAUACAGUCCCUGACCCACGUAACAAACCCCACACGCCAUCUCUUCUAAGAAUAAUCUUCAAAAUCACCGCCAUAGCCACGUUCUCCGUCCUUUCUACGCUCUUUUCCUUUCCCAAAUUCUACUCCCCAACACCCUUUAAUUCCUCCUACACCGUUAAAAACCCUUCCAUUAAUUCCACCUCUCCAAGAAUGAACUGGCUGUACAAGUUCAGAUUUGGUGUGCGCAACUCCACUGACUCCCCCGUGGAUUCCUCUUCCGAUUCUUCCAUAGCGCAGGGAACCGACGAUGAGGAACCAGCUCCGGGUCAACAGUUUGCGCAGCUUGGGGCGGGUUGUUUCUGGGGAGUUGAAUUGGCCUUCCAGAGAGUGCCUGGUGUGACCAAGACUGAAGUGGGAUACUCCCAGGGGUACUUGCACAAUCCCACGUACCAGAAUGUUUGUUCCGGUACCACGAACCAUUCGGAGGUUGUUCGUGUCCAGUAUGACCCUAAGGACUGUAGUUAUGAGACUCUGCUUGAUGUUUUCUGGGCGAGAAAUGAUCCUACAACUCCUAAUCGCCAGGGGAACGAUGUCGGAACCCAGUAUAGAUCCGGAAUUUACUACUACACACCAGAACAAGAAAAGGCAGCACUGGAGUCGAGGGAUAAACAGCAAGAACUUUUGAACAGGAAGAUCGUAACUGAAAUUCUGCCUGCCAAGAAAUUUUACAGAGCAGAAGAGUAUCACCAGCAAUAUCUUGAAAAGGGGGGACGAUUUGGUUUAAAACAAUCGGCUGGCAAAGGUUGCAAUGACCCUAUUCGGUGCUAUGGCUAAAGUUUCGUGUAGUAUGCUGAAUAAUGUAAGAUAACAUAUAAAUAGCCGUCAAUAGAUAGCAUUUGUAGUUCAACAUUUAUGUGCACGCUGUUGUAUCUAAGGUAUAUGAAACUUCUUAAGAUGGAUCACUCAUGUCUCGAGUGAUAUUUGUAGUAAGAGCUAAUUUUAGCUGGUUGCAGUUUUGGGAGAAUUUUCGGGUUCAAUUUACGGUGUUUGUUAUGCAAGGUUGGACAUGAGAUUUUCGUA